AAAAGUGCACAAUACAAAACUUUAUUAUACAUAAUAAAAGAGUUAAAACCAUCGAGUACCAUAUUGCUAGGAAGGAUGGGAAGAGAGGAAAAGCGCAGAGGAACUUCCUCUUCCAGAUGACUCAUGGGAGGAAGGUGGUGUGCAGAGCGGCUUCUGUGCUCUUCCCAGGAUCGAAGCAGCAGCUGGCAGACAAAGAAGAUGGCAAGAAGAGCACUCGGGACAACUGCAAAUAACAAGCAAUGUUGAAAAGGGAAUUAAAUCAAGCCAGAAAUCAAAAUAGUUUCCAUUUCAUUCAGAAAACCAUACAAUUCUCCUCCUCCUCCAGAAGUUGUUAGACAAAAUUAAAAAAGAUUUCAAGCCAGAAUAAGCAGAUUAUGUACAACUCAAGGAUAUAUUACAUGAAAUGUCAAAGGGGAUUAUUUUAAUUCAGCAUUUCUGGAAGUCAGUUGGAGGAAAAGUUGAAUCGUAAAGCUAUGUGGAGCAGACAGUAAUAUAGGCCUCUCCCUGUGAGGAAGAAAAUGGCUUGAAUGAAAGCACCGCUAAACAAGGCAUUGUCAAAAUUCCAGUCUGGUGAUACAUCAGUGGAUUGACUCCAAGGAGAUACUGUAUGAGUGUCUAGAUAUUGGGAAAAACUUCAUUAGAAAUUUUCAUCUCAUGAGACACCAAAGAAUUCACACAGGAGAGAAACCCUUUGAAUGUCCUAUCUAUGUGGAAAGUUUCAAUCAGAAUUCCAACAUGAUGAUACACCAGAGGACUCACACAGGAGAGAAACCAUUUGAAUGUCCUAUCUGUGAGAAAAGUUUUAGUGACAAUUCCAACCUGGUGAAACACCAGAGGACUCACACAGGAGAGAAACCCUUUGAAUGUCCUGAUUGUGGGAAAUAUUUCAGACAAAAUUCCCAUCUGGUAAUACACCAGAGGACUCAUACAGGAGAGAAACCCUUUGAAUGUCCUGACUGUGGAAAAAGUUUCAGUCAAAAUUCCCAUCUGAUGAUACACCAGAGGACUCACACAAGAGAGAAACCCUUUGAAUGUCGUAUCUGUGGGAAAACUUUUGGUUAUAAUUCUAGCCUGGUUCGACACGAGAGUAUUCACACAGGAGAGAAACCCUUUGAAUGUCCUAUCUAUGUGGAAAGUUUCAAUCAGAAUUCCAACAUGGUGAUAUGCCAGAGGACUCAUACAGGAGAGAAACUCUUUGAAUGUCCUAUUUGUGGGAAAAGUUUUAGAGAUAAUUACAACCUUUUGAAACACCAGAGGACUCACACAGGAGAAAAACCCUUUGAAUGUCCUGAUUGUGGGAAAUGUUUUAGUCAGAAUUCCUACCUGAUAAUACACCAGAGGACUCACACCGGAGAGAAACCCUUUGAAUGUCCUGACUGUGGGAAAUGUUUCAUUACAAAUACCCACCUCAUGAAACACCAGAGGACUCACACAGGAGAAAAACCCUUUGAAUGUCCUAUAUGUGGGAAAAGUUUCAGUCAGAAUGCCAACCUUGUGAGUCACCAGAGAAUUCACACAGGAGAGAAACCCUUUGAAUGUCCUGACUGUGGAAAAGGUUUUAGUGAGAACUCUCACUGCAUGAGACACCAGAGGACACACACAGGAGAGAAACCCUUUGAAUGUCCUGAUUGUGGGAAAUGUUUCAGUCAGAAUUCCUACCUGGUGAUACACCAGAGGACUCAUACAGGAGAGAAACCCUUUGAAUGUCCUGAUUGUGGUAAAAGUUUCACAUUUAAUUCCAACAUGAUGAUACGCCAGAGGCCUCACACAGGAGAGAAACUCUUUGAAUGUCCUGACUGUGGGAAACGUUUUAGACAGAAUUCCCACCUGGUGAUACACCAGAGGAUUCAUACAGGAGAGAAACCCUUUGAAUGUCCUAUUUGUGGGAAAAGUUUCAGUAAUAAUUCCAACCUUGUGAGUCACCAGAGAACUCACACAGGGGAGAAACCCUUUGAAUGUCCUGACUGUGGGAAAAGUUUCAGUCAGAAUUCCAACCUGGUGAAACACCAGACGACUCACAGAGGAGAGAAACACGUUGAAUAUCCUGACUGUGGGAAACAUUACAGUCAGAAUUACCCCCUGGUGAUACACCAUACGACUCACACAGGAGAGAAACCCUUUGAAUGCCCUAUCUGUGGGAAAAGUUUUAGUUAUAAUUGUAGCCUGGUUCGACACCAGAGUAUUCAUACAGGAGAGAAACCCUUUGAAUGUCCUGACUGUGGGAAAUGUUACAGUCAGAAUUCCCACCUGGUGCUGCACCAGAGGACUCACACAGGAGAGAAACCCUUUGAAUGUACUGAUUGUGGAAAACGUUACAGUCAGAAUUCCCAUCUGGUGAUACACCAGAGUAUUCAUACAGGAGAGAAACCCUUUGAAUGUCCUGACUGUGGGAAACGUUACAGUCAGAAUUCCCACCUGGUGCUACACCAAAGGACUCACACCGUGGAGAAAUCUUUCAACUGUCCAGUUUGUAGACUUUGUUUCAAGCAUAAAUCAUCCUUUAUUGCACACAAGGUAAUCCAUAUGAGGAAAAAGUAGAUGAGUUUAGAGAAUGCUGGAAUUUCAUUUGUGAUCUCCCUUUGAAACUGUAGAUGAGAAAUUGAUAGCUUGAAUACUGUUUGAAAAUUUGUUCACCCUAAUCUAGUAAAUCUUCAAAAGUAAUUUAAUAUAUAAUGACAUUUUGAAUGUGGAAGGGGAACUAAAAACUAAACAAGAACUACAGAAACAGGGUAUUGAUUCAUCAUGGUGGCCACAUAUGCAAAUGCAAUCAAGAUAUGAGAAAGAUGUUAAGAUAUAUGACUUUUAUAAAGAGAAAACAACUUUUGAUCAAAUACUGUUUGCGGUGGAUGAAAAGUUAAUCAAAUUAUAUAAUUUUUAUUAAGCUUAAAAUUGAAGAUGAACAGGUGAAAGAGACAAUGAGUUUGGCCAAAAAAAUUUGAAUAUACCAUAGAAAAACACAAUCGGCAAAGACUCUGGGGGGAAAAACUAUAAAUUGUCGAUGGCAACUAUGUAGAAGGAAAAUCUGUAUAAAAUGUUCUAUAGGUGGCACCACCAGCAAGGCUAGCAAAAAUGUUUAAAAACAUGUCCACCAAAUGUUAGAAAUAUAAUCAAAUACCAGGCACAAAUAAUCACGUGGUGGACAUGUCCAAAGGCAAAAAUUUUUUGAAUGAAAAUGCAUAUGUGGUUAGAAAAAAUGUUAAGGCAGCAUAUAGAUUAUAAGCCAGAACUAUUUUUGUUAGGCAUAAUACCAGAAAACAAUAAAACAAUAAAAGGAAUGUGUAUUUAAUAUUACAUGUUUUGAUAGUAGCAAGAAUUGUAUUUGCACAAUACUGGAAAAACAAGGAAACGCAGAAGAAGCUAUAAUGAAAAAAAUAUUAGACUGUGUAGAAAUGGACAGACUAGCAUUGAAGAUAAAAGAAAAAGAAGACACAGAAUAUUUUCAAAGUUGGGACUUGUUUUAUCAAUACAGGUAGAAAUUAGGUACUU